AUGCUGGAGGAAGAGUUACAGAGGAAGUCUGGUGUAGAAUUUGAACCGGAGGAGAGCCCAGGCAGCAGCAGCAACAGUAGCAGUAGUAGCAGUGACAGCAGUAGUGGGGCGGUAGAUGCCCUGCUCCCAGCCCCAGUUCCUCCCCAGGCCCCUGCAGGAGAGAAGAGAGAGGACAGCUCCUGCUCUGACUCAGGCAGCUCUGUAGAGUCCAGCAAGGAGGCACCUGCCAUGUUCUCUAACUUUUUAAGCGGUGCGAACCCCCUCAGCUCCGUCUCUUCUGCUGUCAGAGGAAGUCUGUUUGGGGAUAAUGCGGAGGGGGACAAACAGAAAGCAGGCACUCAGCAGCCUGGGUCAGGCCCUGGCCCUCGGAAGGCCCCACAGCAGGGACAUGGGAAACAGGACCAGGCACCUCCUAAACAGGGAGGACCCCAGCUCCAGGGGAAUGGCCAAGCUGGUCAAGCAGACAAACCUAGCGGGCAGCAAGCCUCCACUAAGGGUGGACCAAAACAGCAAUCCCCUGCUAAGGGUGGACCACAACAGGAAGCCCCUGAUAAGGGUGGACCUCAACAGCAAGGACCUCAUAAAGGUGGACCUCAACAGGAAGGACCUGGUAAAGGAGGACUACAACAAGCCCCCCAGCAGCAAGGACCUCCUAAAGCUGGAUCACAACAAGAUUCCCCUGUAGUAGGGGCUCAACAGCAAGCUCCUGCUAAGGGUGGAACACAACAACAAUGGUCACCGAAGGUUGGGGCUCAACAACAAGCUCCUAAGUGUGGACCACAACAGCAAGGUUCGCCUAAGGUUGGAGCUAAACAGCAAGCCCCUGCUAAAAGUGGACCCCAACAGCAAGGUUCACAUAAAGUUGGGGCUCAACAUCAAGCUCCUACUAAAGUUGGACCCCAACAACAAGGUUCACCUAAGGUUGGAGCUCAACAGCAAGCCCCUUCUAAGGGUAGACCACAACAGCAAGGGUCCCCUAAGGUUGGAGCUCAGCCACAAGGGUUCCCUAAGACCGGGACUCAGCAGCAGGGCUCCCCCAGGACUACACCACAGCAGCAGGCUUCUGGUAAACCUGGGACUCAGUCUAAUGCUGGACCUAUGGCUGGAGCUAAACCCCUGUGUCCAGUGUGUAACACUACUGGACUCAACCUGAACACCAAGGAGCCACCCAACCAUAACACCUGCACACAGUGUAAGACUGUCGCCUGCAGCUUGUGUGGCUUCAGUCCUCCUGACUCGGGUGGUAAGGAGUGGCUAUGUCUGACCUGCCAGAUGCAGAGAGCACUCGGAGGCUCUUACCCACCCAAGACAGAGGUUGCUAAAGCAGCAGACCCUCAGAAACCUGGCAGUUCAGCUCCUGCUCAGAAGACACUACAGGAGAACCGGAGAGCAUCAGGGCUUCAGAAACCACCAGAGCAGCCAGGCCAACCUGGGCUUAAGCAGAGUAAUGCUACCCCAUCUACACAGCAGGAGCCUGGGAAGCCUCAGCAACAGCUUCCAAAAAGUGGAGCCUCUCCUGCCAAAGCUGUGCCACCAGAGGCCCCGCCCACCAAAGAGCAGUCAGGGGGUUUCUUUGGCUUUGGUGGUGCAAAAUCUCAGCCUGCCCCCUCAAAGCCUGAAGACUCAGUGUCUGGGAAGAUCUUCCCCAAGGUGACUGCAGCAGCCCAUGCCUCUCCCAAGAUGCCCCCUGCAAAGGAGACCAAACCACCUGUUGCUCAGAAAGCAGAGGAGAAGAAAGCAGAGCAACCCCAGCAGGUCAAGAUCCCCCCAUUAGUACAGGCCAAAGUGGACAAACCCCCAUCAGAGCCUCCAAAGGGAGCAGCAUCCUCCCAACCAGCUCCCAAAGCAGGCCAAUCUACCUGUCCACUCUGCAAGGUGGAACUCAACAAGGGCUCCAAGGACCCUCCCAACUACAACACCUGCACAGAAUGCAAGAACACUGUCUGCAACCUCUGUGGAUUUAACCCCAUGCCAAACGUUACAGAGGUGAAUGAGUGGCUGUGUUUGAACUGCCAGAUGAAGAGAAUGGAAUCCCCAGGACUUCCCAUGAUAAAACCCCAACCUUCUCCCAACAACGGAUCUGCACCUCAGAAGACCACUGUCCCACCCACCACACCCCAAAAGAAAGACACUCCAACACCAGACUCCCCCCAGAGGAAACCUGUUACAUCAGCAACACAGCCACCCAAGACAGAGGUUGCUAAAGCAGCAGACCCUCAGAAACCUGGCAGUUCAGCUCCUGCUCAGAAGACACUACAGGAGAACCGGAGAGCAUCAGGGCUUCAGAAACCACCAGAGCAGCCAGGCCAACCUGGGCUUAAGCAGAGUAAUGCCACCCCAUCUACACAGCAGGAGCCUGGGAAGCCUCAGCAACAGCUUCCAAAAAGUGGAGCCUCUCCUGCCAAAGCUGUGCCACCAGAGGCCCCGCCCACCAAAGAGCAGUCAGGGGGUUUCUUUGGCUUUGGUGGUGCAAAAUCUCAGCCUGCCCCCUCAAAGCCUGAAGACUCAGUGUCUGGGAAGAUGUUUGGCUUUGGCUCCUCUAUCUUCAGCUCUGCAUCCACUUUGAUCACCUCAGCUGUUCAGGAUGAGCCCCGCUUCACACCGCCAGCUUCCCCCAAGGGGUCUGCAGCAGCCCAGGCCUCUCCUAAGAUGCCCCCUGCAAAGGAGAUCAAACCACCAGCUGCUCAGAGAGCAGAGGAGAAGAAAGCAGAGCAACCCCAGCAGGUCAAGGUCCCCCCAUCAGUACAUGCCAAAGUGGACAAACUCCCAUCAGAUCCUCCAAAGGGAGGAGCAUCUUCCCAACCAGCUCCCAAAGCAGGCCAAUCUACCUGUCUACUCUGCAAGGUGGAACUCAACAAGGGCUCCAAGGAUCCUCCCAACUUCAACACCUGCACCGAAUGCAAGAACACUGUCUGCAACCUCUGUGGAUUUAACCCCAUGCCAAAUGUUUCUGAGGUGAAGGAGUGGAUGUGGCUGUGCCUGAACUGUCAGAUGCAGAGAGCACUAGGAGGAAUGGAAGAUCCAGAACAUCCCAUGAUGAAACCCAAACCUUCACCCAACCAAGUCUCAGCUCCUGCUGCUCCUCAAAAGAAAGACACUCCAACAUCAUCUGGGCCCCAUAAAGUGGCCACUGCACCAGCUUCACCCAAAAAGAAGCCAGUGACUCGAGCCUCUCAGCCUGCCCCCUCAAAGCCUGAAGACUCUGUGUCUGGGAAGAUGCUUGGCUUUGGUUCCUCCAUCUUCAGCUCUGCAUCCACGUUGAUCACCUCAGCUGUUCAGGAUGAGCACCGCACCACACCUCCAGCUUCUCCCAAGGUGACUGCAGCAGCCCAGGCCUCUCCCAAGAUGCCCCCUGCAAAGGAGACCUCCCAACCAGCUCCUAAAGCAGGCCAGUCCACCUGUCCACUCUGCAAGGUGGAACUCAACAAGGGAUCCAAGGACCCUCCCAACUACAACAUCUGCACUGAAUGCAAGAACACUGUCUGCAACCUCUGUGGAUUCAACCCCAUGCCAAACGUUCCCGAGGAGUGGCUGUGUCUGAACUGCCAGAUGCAGAGAACUCUUGGUGGAAUGGAACCCCCAGAACCCCCCGAUGAUUAA